AUGGCUGAAAACGAGUUGAGCAGGUUAAAGAAGCGUCGCGGUCUAGUUAAAGCAUCUCUCACGAGAUUUAAAACUUUCUUAGACGAUUAUGUACACGAUCGCGAUUAUUAUGUCUUAAAGGUUCGUCUUGAAAGGGCAAAUCUUCUGCUCGCAGAAUUUGAAGAAGUGCAUAUGGCAAUCGAAUUAGCUGAAAAUGCCAAUGAUGACGCAUCUAGACAACUAUUUGAGGACAGUUAUUACGAGGCCAUAGCAAGGGCGCAAAAGCAAUUAGAUUCUGGAAGAAACAGUGUAGCUUCGACCAUUGAUGCUCAGCCUAAUACAGAUAUGCAAGCAAUGCUGACUCAAUUAUCAAACUUAACGUCAAAUAACAGUGGUAUUAAGCUUCCCACUAUAAACUUGUCGAAAUUUGAUGGCAAAUACGAGGAGUGGUUAAGUUUUGAAGACACAUUCAAUGUUUUAGUUCACAGUAACGUAAAAAUUCAGACAGUACAACAGUUCAAUUAUUUGAAAUCAUGCUUGGUGGGCAACGCAGCUCACAUUAUUCAGUCAUUAACUUCAACUGCAGAGAAUUAUGAAAUCGCAUGGAACUUAUUAAAAGAGAGAUAUAGCAAUAAACGCAUUAUCAUUCAAAAUCACGUUAGAGCAUUAUUCGAUUUGCAAGUUGUAACUAAAGAGUCUUCACUGGGCUUUAGAGCAGCCAGUGAUUGGCUGGGAUGCAUUACUCUUACAUUUGAUAAGUUCAAAGAAGCGAUACCCAAGGAUGCUGCGAAUGCAGCGAAUCAAAAGCAAUUAAAUGCGAAUAAGGUAACAUCAAGUAAACCAAAGCAGGCGUUACUUGAAACACAGAGUAAGGUUAAGUGUCAUGUUUGUGGAAAGAAUCACAACAUACAAAACUGCGAAGAGUUCCAGGCUAUGAGUCAAGGUGAGAAAUCAGAUGCUAUAAAGAAGGCAGGUUUGUGCUUUAAUUGUUUCAGAGCAAAUCACAAGGUUUCCGCAUGUAAAGCAAGUAGUUGCAGGAAGUGUGAUCGUAGGCAUCAUACUUUAUUACACCCGCUUAAUUCAAAGGAUACUCAUACAGCAAGCGGAGAGAAUGCUUAUCAGGAAGAGCAAAACAAGACUCAAGAUUCUAAACCAGUUAACCAGAUUUUAAGUUCACAAUUGAGUGACACUUCACACAUUUUAUUAUCUACAGCCGUAGUAGAUAUCGCUGAUGUUACAGGAAAAUUCCACUCAUGUAGAGUAGUUUUAGAUUCGGGAUCUCAAUCGAAUUUUAUUGCGGAACAAUGUUGUGAUAAGUUGAAAUUAUUCAAAACCAAUGUAAAUGUUCCCGUCAAGGGAAUUGGAGAAACACUUUCACAAAUUAAGUUGUCGACAAAUGUUAUCGUCAAAUCCAGAAUUGAUGCAUUCACACUUAAGCUGAAUUGUUUAGUUAUUCGUAAGUUAACAGAUUUUUUACCGUCAAGGACAAUUGAUCGUGAAUCACUUGGCAUUCCUAAAAAUGUAAGGUUAGCAGAUCCUGGAUUUGAUCGACCGUCGCAUAUUGAUAUGCUUAUUGGCGCUGAAUACUUCUAUCAGUUACUAUGUAUAGGACAGAUUAAAUUAAAUUCUUGUUCAACUAUAUUACAAAAAACGAAGUUCGGUUGGAUAGUUUCUGGCAAGAUUAAUUCUCUUGAACCUCUAACAACUAGUUUAUGCCAUAUCUCUCGAGGUACACUGGACGAUGCUGUGCAAAGAUUCUGGGAAAUAGAAGAGCUACCAGCUAAACGGAUAUUAUCACCGGAAGAUGAGAAAUGUGAACAACAUUAUAAGGAAACUUUCAAGAGAUUAUCUUCUGGACGUUUUUCAGUAAGAUUACCUUUCAAUAAUCAAAGGAAGAAAUUAGGCGAGUCAUAUGAGAUAGCGUUAAGACGAUUGCUAAGUUUAGAAAGAAGAUUAAACGCAAGGCCUGAAUUAUACGAGGAUUACCGAAGUUUCCUUCGGGAAUAUGAAGCUCUUGGACACAUGACUGAGGUCAAGGAAGUAAACAAGAAAGAAGGAUAUUUUCUUCCUCAUCAUUCUGUUAUAAAGGAAUCCAGUACUACAACCAGACUCAGAGUAGUUUUUGACGCGUCAGCUAAAACCACUAGUGGCAUCUCAUUGAAUGACACAUUAUUUAGUGGUCCAACAGUUCAACAGGACCUUCUGUCUAUUGUGCUAAGAUUUCGUUUGCACUAUAUAGUUUUUACAGCAGACAUUCAGAAGAUGUACAGACAAGUACUCAUACAUCCAGAAGAUCGUUUACAUCAGAGGAUCUUGUGGAGAAAUAAUUCUCAAGAAAUCAUUCGAAGUUAUGAGCUCAACACGAUAACGUAUGGAUUGUCCUCGGCACCAUACCUGGCUACGCGUACAUUGAUUCAAUUAGCGAAGGAGGAAAAACAAAAUUAUCCUGAGGCAGCAGAUAUCGUCAUGAGAGAUUUCUAUGUCGACGAUCUAUUAACUGGAGCUGAAACACUUGAACAAGCGAUAAAAUUGAAAACUCAGAUUACAGAAUUAUUAAAUAGCGGAGGUUUUAAGCUACGCAAAUGGGCUUCUAACCAUUCUCAGCUCAUUGAAUCCCCAACAAAUGAGCAGCAAGAAGAGCAGUGGUGCUUCGAUUUUAUGGAGGCACACAAAACAUUAGGGAUUCUCUGGAAUCCACAACAAGAUUGUUUUUUGUACCGACUGACAACGCAUCAGGAAGUAUCUAAGAUAACCAAACGAGUUGUUUUAUCACAAACAGCAUCUUAUUACGAUCCUCUUGGAUUGAUAGGGCCAGUCAUUGUUAAGGCCAAGAUAUUACUUCAGAAUAUAUGGAAACUACAAUUAACUUGGGAUGAAACAGUUCCAAUGGAAAUUCAUACAGCGUGGAGAACACUUAAGGAUAGCAUGUCUGACUUAAAAAACAUUGCAUUUCCUAGACACAUCUGUUUAGCAGGAGCAGUGGAACUGCAACUUCAUGGAUUCGCUGAUGCUAGCGAGGUUGCUUACGGAGCAUGUAUCUACAUGAGAUCUACAAACGCAGCACUGUCACAUCGUGUAGUAUUGGUCUGCUCUAAGUCCAGAGUAGCUCCACUUAAGAAAAAACUUUCAUUGCCUAAAUUAGAAUUGUGCGCAGCACACCUCCUCUCACAGACUUGUCAAACAGUAUUAAAGGCUUUUGAGACAACAAUCAACAAGGUUACUUUAUGGUCAGAUUCAACCAUAGCUCUACAUUGGAUUCACACACCUCCAUAUCGUUUGAAAACCUUUGUGGCUAAUCGUGUAGCUGCUAUCCAAGAGAUUACAGCAUCAUUUAAUUGGAGGCAUGUAGCAUCACACGAUAAUCCAGCUGAUCUAUUGUCGAGAGGUGCUUUUCCAUCGCAGCUUAUUAAUCAUACAAUGUGGAUUCAUGGACCUUCAUGGUUAUCGGAAAACGAAUCAAAUUGGCCAACUUUUACUCCUACAUUAGCUGAGAUUCCUGAACAGCGAGCAGCCAUCAACUUGAAGGUGGAAAGAAAUUUCGAAUUGUUGCAACGGUUCUCGUCCAUUGUGGUGCUUCGCAGGGUUGUGGCAUGGUGUUUUAGAUUCAUUAGUAAUUGUCGCUCAAAAUACAAGGUUCAAGGGAACUUAGUCAGCUCUGAAUUAGAUCAUGCAAUGUCUAUUAUAAUCAAAUUUGUUCAAGGUGAAUCAUUUUCACAUGAAAUACGUUUAUUAGAAACAGGAAACAAUCUUAAGGGCAAUAGUAAACUCAUAUCAUUGCGCCCAUUUCUAGAUUCUGCUGGAAUAUUACGAGUUGGAGGUAGACUCAAGUAUUCAGACUUAAGUUACGAUCAAAAACAUCAAAUCAUUCUACCAGAAAAGCACCAUGUAACAGACUUGAUUAUACAGCAUACUCAUAAACUGCAACUACAUGCAGGACCGCAAGCAACUCUGUAUUGUAUUCGACAAAAAUUUUGGCCCAUUAAUGGAAAAAAUCAAGUUAAAAGGAUUAUCCGUAAAUGUGUAGCUUGUUUUGAGGCAAGACCGCGUUUGCUGGAAUAUACCAUGGGCGAUCUUCCAAGGGACCGGUUUGUGUGUUCCCGACCGUUUGCAAAUUCUGGUGUCGAUUAUUGCGGCCCUUUUUUGAUAAAGGAAAAAAUGCAUCGCAACCGCGGUAAAAUCAAAGUUUAUGUUAGCGUUUUUAUAUGUUUAUCAUCUAAAGCAGUUCAUUUAGAGUUAGUUAGCGAUUUAACUACAGAGUCAUUUCUAGCCACAUUAAAACGAUUUUUCAGUAGGAGAGGUAAAUCAAACCUUAUUUUAUCUGAUAAUGCUACGAAUUUUGUCGGCGCUAAAAAUAAAUUGCGUGAACUAUAUGAUUUUAUAAAUACAAAGGAACAUAAGGAUACGAUAACAAAUUGGUUAAGCGAACAAGAAAUUGUUUGGAGAUUUAUUCCACCACGGUCUCCUCAUUUUGGAGGGAUUUGGGAGGCUGCUGUGCGGUCUUUCAAACAUCAUUUACAUCGCGUAACGAAAGAUACUCUUUUUACCUUUGAGCAGUUUAACACACUUACUAUUGAGAUAGAGGCAGUCCUUAAUUCUAGGCCAUUAACGCCAUUGUCAUCGUGUCCAGAUGAUCUAAAUGCAUUGACUCCGAGUCAUUUUUUGAUUGGAGGACUACUCUCAUCAAUUCCAGAAGUUGAUUUUACAGAUACUCAAAUAAACAGAUUGUCUCAGUGGCAACACAUUCAGAAGAUCAAACGUGAUUUCUGGAAUCGUUGGAGUAAGGAGUACCUCAAUGAAUUAACACAGCGUACAAAAUGGAGAUCAAGUACAAAUAACGUUAAGAUAGGCGAUUUAGUUAUAUUGCGAGAAGAUAAGGUUCCUCCAUUAUAUUGGCCUUUAGGUCGAAUCACCGAACUUCAUCCUGGUCAAGAUGGUGUAGUUAGAGUCAUUAGUGUUAAAACAACAACUGGAAAUUACAAACGCACUGUAAAAAAUGUUGCUCUGCUUCCUAUUAUCGAGGAAUCAUAA